UGAAAAACUACUUUGAAAAAUCGGAAAAUCGAUACGAAUAAUCCCUUAAUCCCAUGUAAGGCUUUAGCGAAGACAGCCAAGUCAAUAGUUAUUGUGCGAAAACGAGGCGUCAACUAAUUUUUUGUGGCGUCAAAGAUGUUAUGAUGGCAAAUUAGUCGCAUUUGAAGGAAGAAAAAAAAGCAAAAAAUGAUAAAUUUCCACGAAUAACGAAGAAUUUUUAUGAAAAGUGAAGAAGCAAUACAGAUUGAUGGGUUGUCCGUUGUCGCAUGACCAGCCCCCAUCAUCACCGUCCGACAUAAUUUCAUCGAAAGCAACGGUUCUCAGCAAUUUCCUUUGCACAAACAGAAUGACGGCGACGGAUGCAGAAGUGGGCGAGGAGGCUGUCGACUUCAAAGCACGCCUCGAACGGAAGAUGAUGUGGUCGCGCGAAACGCCCGACGAGAUUUUCGAUCUGGCUGGAUGCAAUUUGAAGGAAGUGCCUAACGGGGUGUUUGUCCUCUGCAACGUACUGCGAAAACGGGAGCUUUUUCUCAACGCCAAUCGCCUGCAAAGUCUCAAGGGAGGCGGUAUGCUACAAGAUUUGCAUUUACUCACGACACUCAAUAUCGCGGAUAAUCAAUUAAAACGUUUGCCCGACGACAUUGGCCGACUCGAAAAUCUCAGGGAACUUUUUGUCGCAAAUAAUCAACUUGGCGUCUUGCCGCCCGCCAUCAAUAAGCUUAAGAAAUUAGUUUUGCUCGACAUUUCGGGCAACAGACUGUCUUCGAUACAGGAAAUUGUGGUGAUGCCUUCGCUCAAAGUGCUCAAUGUCAAGGGAAAUGCGGCGCUGCAUGUCUUGCAUGGCGGCUUAGCGACGUGCCAAGACCUCAUGGACAUCAUUUUCGAUGUGCAAAACAUCACGGAACCUCCGCCCGAGAUUUGUCGCGGUGGAACAGCGAAUAUUUUGAAAUACCUAUCAACCGGGGAAGUGGUUUUGUUUCAAGAAGAAGCCGUAGAUGUCGCUACUGACAACGCACUGAAAGUCCAAUCGACACUAGAUGACGCUCAUACCCGAUUUAUGGCGCUCAAAAACGAAAAAGCCAGCAAGGAACGAGCUUUUUUGGAAAAAGAACGCGCGCAAAUGGAACGAAAUAACGAGCUUGAAGUCAAAUUUCACGAAGAACAGAUGCGACGAAGGCGCGAACUCAUCCAAACAAUGCAAAAUGAACAAAAUGAGACAGAAAAUAAGGUCUUGCAACUACAAAGUUUGAAGGAAUCCGAAAGAAAUCGUCUCAUCGAGGACAUUGUCAAGGCAGAAGAGCAAAGCAAACAAGUUUUACAAAAUCUCUUAUGUCUCAAGAACGGUCCGGACCCAAUUCUGUUGGAACGCGAGCGCGAAGAACAAGAAUUGCUCCUCGAAAAACUCAUGAUUCAACAGAGCGCGUUAAGGAAACAAGAAAUUAUCGAUCAAAUGACUUCGUUGCUCGACCAGGAAAUGGCGACGAUCACAAAAUUCCAAGAUCAACGUGAAGCAACGUCGAAAACGAUUCUCGAACAAGAACAAAUGUCCAGUUUGAUGCUCAACAAUGUCUACCAAAAGUACGAUCAGAACCGCGGAUCGAUCCUGGAUGAAGUGGCGCUCAAUGAGGAGGUGCAAAAGUCUGCGGUGGCGACGCUUAUUACGAAAAAUGAUUCGCGCUCGUGGGGUUUGAUGGAGCAAAUUCGCAUUCUCGAGAGUGAAUUGGGAAAAUUGACGCAACUCGAGAUUGAUAAGAAAAAGUUGCAUAUUGACGAGCAUAUUAAUGACUUGGCGAAUCGGAGGAUUGAGAUUACUUAUGUUUUGUUGGAUUUGAUGGAUCAGCGUGACCAAAGGAAGCGUGAGUUAAUCGACACUUUGAACCAAAUGGAGGCCCAACGUGAAAAUCGUCCCGACUUCUGGCUCUUGCAAUAUCAAAAACUCAUGGAUCAACAACCCGCUGAGCUGUCGUUGCAGACAUCAGCCAUCGAUCCGUUACUCGGUUUCCAAUUUCUCACUCACGGAGUCGUCCAUUGUCUCCCAUUUUUAUCAAAAAUCUGGCAGGACUCGCAAACGGAGUUGCAGGACAUCUCGAACGAUCAACUAAAAGCUGCUGGAGUGCAAAAUGACGCCGAUCGUUACAACAUUUUACGUUCGAUCGAGGUUUAUCUGCAAUCGAUACGAGGGGAAGAUGCAAUAACAAGCAAUCAGAACGACGAAACAGUCGCAGCAACUGCCCCAAUCGACGACAUGGAACAAGAAUCACUCGUAACUGGGCAAAUUUUGAGCUCGGAAUGCGUUAUUUGCAUGGAUGCCGAGGUCAAAGUUCUUUUCUUCCCAUGUGGACAUCUUUGUUGCUGCAUCAAUUGUCAAACCUCGUUGGACGAAUGCCCGAUGUGUCGAGGCUCGAUCGAACGCCGGAUUAAAAUUAUCCAAGCUUGAAUUCGCUACUAAAACAUUUUUUUGAAUUAAUUUUUUUCGUGUGAUAUUUCGUCAAAAGAACAAACUUUUAAAGCCAUAUUAGAUGUGUUGAAACUUUAUAAAGAAAAAUUUAUAAAAAAAAGUGCGC